GGCGCACCGAUGAGGGUGCACGUGUCUCGCUCGACGGCAUUGAAGACGAACGCGCGCCCGCGAGUGAUAAAAUAAAAUCAACGUGUUCGAAAUUUGAAAACUAAUUUUUUUGUGUGCCCUUUGUGAACAUGAGGUGUUUUGUGGUGAUCUUCACGGUGGCGGCGUGUGCAGGAUCCGCAGCCGCCGCCGCUGUAUCUCCGGCAUCUUGCGCCAACUCGAGGGAAUUCUUUGCAAGACAUAAUGCAUCAGCUGAUGAUAGCGGCCAACCAGGUCCAAUCUGUGGAGGGGAAUGCUGCGGAAAGGGGCGGGAGAUGAGUCUUCGCAGUUUCAUAAGAAGAUUGGCAGUGGACCGGGUUCUUGCUGAGACAAGGCCUGUCUCGGAUUUGCUGCUGUCUACAAGGCAGACUCUACAAGAUCACUUGCUGCAGUUAUCACGGCACUCGGAAAACAAGACUGAAGGUUUGCUGACUCAGUUGUACCGUGGACAUGCUGUUCGAACACGGGGGGCUUUAUCGGCACUGUAUGACGACAUCCGAACUUCUCUACGAACAAACGACCACGGUGACGUCACGCCCGGCUCACACUCAAGAGAACUAACAGAGAGUUCCAGAAAGUUCUUCCAAAAUGUAUUCCCUGUGGCGUAUCAAAGUCUGGUGAAGAAAGAAGGGCAGCAGAUCACGAUCGAGUACGAGAUGUGCUUAAAAGACGCUUACGAUGCCGUGAAACCGUUUGGGGACGUUCCCAUGAAGAUGGGGACGUCGCUAUCUCGGUCCAUAAGAGCUGCCCGCACCUUACUGGAGGUGUUGGCUACCGGAGCUGGAGUGUUAGGAGCCAGCGAACACGUGCUAAGUUCUGCCAGCGAGCAGUGCUCUGGGCAUCUGUUGAGGGUUGUCGGCUGUGCUCACUGUAGAGGACAUGACGUUAAGCCUUGCAAGUCUUACUGCCUCAACGUGGCUCGAGGAUGCUUAGGUUUCCUAGUAGCGGAACUGGAUGCACCCUGGGCUGGCUACGUGGAGGGUCUGGAGAGGCUGGUCCGGGUGGAAGCUGAUGCUGUGCUCCGUGAAGUGGAGAAAAGCGUCUCGGAGGCCGUCAUAUAUGCGCUGGAGAAUCAUGUCACCUUGGAAAAUAAGGUGCGACAAGAGUGUGGACCCGCCGCGAUGACUGACGCGGAACUGAGCUCCCCCCUCUCUCCUACUACCCCCACCCCUCGACGGAAUGACUUCACCGUGCCUCCACCAGAUGCCACCAUCUUGGAGUUCACCGCCUCGCUGGCAGAACGAAAGAAGCUGUUCUACGGGUUAGCUGAUGAGAUUUGUGAAGAACAGGACUUUGCAGUCUCCGGAACUGACAACUGCUGGAAUGGAAAGACUGUUGGAGAGUACACAAAACCAUUAGUGCAGUCAGCCUCCAUGUCGGACCAGAAAUACAACCCGGAGGUGGAGACUGAAGUCACGGAGGGGAAGGUUGCGGAAAUGGCCGCCCUUGGGGAGAAGUUACGACAAGCAAGACAGUUACUGGUGACGAACUCAUGGGGUAGCGACGCUCCGUCUGCAGAAUCUUUUAUGCAAGGUGACGAGGCCGGGGAAGACGGAUCAGGAUCAGGACGAGCAUACGAUGACGACCUCUCCUACGACCAAGAGGGCUCGGGAGAAGGGUCGGGCGUACAUGAAAUUGGUAACAGCUUGUAUCCUGCCGUGAAGACAGAGAACCAGCCCGCUACACCCAAGACAUCGGCCGCGACCACUGCCCGGUCUGCAUCGGCGGUCCUCAGCGUGACACUUCUCACUCUGCUUAGAAGUCUCACAUAAAUCUGCAACAACAAGAACUGUGACCGAAACUCUGCUCACAUGACCCAGUGAGACUUGUCCCUACCAUAUCAUGUGUUAAGUGCCGUGCGUGUGUGUGUGCAUUAGACUUUACACAUAAAGACACAAUUUCUAGCGGCUCCCUUUCAAUGCACGAAGCUAAAUUGUUUUUGCGGCUGUGCUCCAUCAGUUUAGUACCAAUGUGUGAUCUUACGAAUCUCUCGAGUAAAUGCAGGCAUUCGCAUUUAAGAAAUUAUAUCGUCUGCAAUAAUGUACAGCGCAUAUCGACGUGUAUUCAUUUUGUAAAUAUUUUUUUGUAUCUAUAAUUAUGUAGUUAUAGACGAACAAUACUUCUGCAUUUAAAAAUUUCGAAGUGAACCCUGAUAUUAUCGUCAUAAUAAUAAGAUAAUAAAUAUUAAUUGAAGAUUCUUUAAUCGUUGUUAAAUAUUAGCUGGUUGGCAAUAAUUUUAUCAGAAAGUAUAACGAUUAGAAACGAGUGAUAACAAAAUAAUAUAAGGUACGAGUGUACAGCCGACUGUAAAUACCUGAAGUCCUACUGGUCUAGGUGCUUAGCUAGUAAAUAUAUUUUGUUGCCAUAUUAAUAUUACGGAUAUUAUUAUUUAUCAUAUUAUAAUAAGUCAUAAUUUAAUCUAAUAUUAUUUAAUGUGAUACAGAUUUAGUAAUAUUUGUGCUUAUGUUACAUUACAUUAUUUAUAUGAAUCAUCGGUGGUGUAUUAUAAAAGUUUAUUAUCGUCUAUGGUGUAUUAAUAAAGACAGUGUACAAUUGAAUUAUUUUUUUUAUAAGGCCUACUCUGCUACUUAAACGGCUUAAUAUCUCACCAAACUGUUUGUCAAUCUGGAAAGUAAUUUGCUAUCUUUUGUAAAGGAGAGAUUUUAAAGUAUAUCGUCGUGUAGAUCUUUACAAAUUUUAUUGUAAAAUAUAUGUAGCAAAAGCUGUGUAACUAUAGAGCCAUCAUGUAAUGGUGCGCUUGAGUUUUGUAAAUGUAUUAAGAAUUUAAAUGGAUUUAUGAGGAUAUACAAGGACCAGCAAAGCAUGUGAACAUUUCUGUUGAUGAUUGUGUAAAAUACUUCUAUCUUGAAGAUAUAAAAAGCAAUAUACGUAACGAAAUUAAUUAAUGUAAUGAAAUUAUGGAAGGUUGUUUGAUCAGCAGAAAAUUGUUCAGGAUUUGUGUAAAUAUUGUUGGAAAGCGUGAUUGAAGACAUUGCUGUUAUAUCUGA